GUCACAUAAUGAGAACAUCAAAAGAUGAUUGUUCAAAAUUCACAAAGUGCAACUUUUUGCAAUCCCAUUUUGAAUAUGAUUUCAGCAGUGAGAUGUCAAGGCGAAUUGCCCAUGAGUUUAUCAACUUAAGAACAAAACAUAUUCAGUAAACUCACACAUUUGAAAUUCAUUUCUUGUCAGGCAAAUAAUUUUGUCAAUUGUAUAAACUAAUUUAUUUUCUUAUGAACCUAUAUUUGAAAUAUAAGAAGAAUCUUGAAUUCAAAAAACCUGCACUCCGAUCUGAAGAAACAUCCUUAGUGAAGAAUGAAGAAACCAAAUGAUCAAGUGUCAAAAUUUUCACUCAUUUAAUAUCAAAAUAACAAUUUUUUUCAUAGAAGUUAGUAAAUAUUUAUUCUUUUUUCAAGUAAUAUUUUCUGUUAAUUAUUUAUUGAUCUAAACUUUUAUUUAAAACAAAUAUCUGAAGUCAACAAUUAAAUGGAGGUAAUAAGAAAGCGGAAGAAAGAAGUCUGGAAGAUCAGAAGAAGGCAGACGAAGAUAACAAACUUAUUUCUACCAUCAACUCUUGACACGUUUUUUAAAUAUUCAAAUUUUUGUAUUUGUAGGAAAAUGAAAUCGAAAAGGAAAGUGUAUAGAGAAGUUCCAACAUUUGCAGAUACUGUUAGAAAUGAAGUGUUGUAUUUACAUGAAUACAAUUUAACUGUUUUCAAGGUUACCCAACUGUAUCCAUUUUCUGAAGAAUAUACACAAUUCCUCAUGCAAUACGUACUUUUGGAAUGUAAAAUUUUGUAUAGGAGAGAAUAUUAUUCAAAAAAUAGGGAAAAACAAACACAAGAAAGAGUGCUUCGAGUUUUGCUCAAUAUUUAUAAUGAUUAUUUUGAGAGUAAGCAGCUAAAGAGGAGAGAAAUUACAGAGAGAUCAAUGAAAUCCAUUAUUGAGAUCUUUGUUAAAAUCAGAACUCAUUAUAAUUUAAAAUAUAUCAUAUUAGAAAAUAUGACAGUAACAUUACUGAAGAAAAAUGGUCAUUUCGAAAAAAUAGAUGCGCUCAGGGAUAAACCACUACCAUUUUUGAUGGAUAGUAACUUUUCUCCGGACCCAUCACUUUGUAUUUACAGAAAUGCUUCUACUAGUGAUUAUGGAACAGAUGAUGGAUUAUCUAAUGCGCCACAAAUAUUGAACGUUGACAAUUGUUAUGAACUAUCACCAACGAUGGAAGAAGACGUUGAUGAAAUAAAAAAUGAAUAUGAACCUAUACUGGGUAGCCAAGAAAAAAAUGUUAAUAAAAAUACGAAAUUCGUUUACACGAUAUGUUUAGACGAAAGUGGAUUAGACAGUGACGAAGAAAUCGUUUUCUACACUAAAGAAAUUGAAACCAAGAAAAAAGAAAGAAUUAAAAAUUGUACUGCAAUGAAAACCAAUACAACUUUGCACCAAAAACUACAUACCUCAAAAAAUUAUCAAUUACAUUGUAAGUCUGCAGAUAGUAUAAAAUCAAUAAUUGAACAAAAUAGUGCAAGCGGUAUAAAUGACAAUGAUGAUUUGUUACAUCAAAUUGAUAAUAUUUUAACUGAAUAUAAUUAUGUUGAAGACAAAAAACCAAUCGUGAUUUCAGAAGAAAUUAUUGAGAUUAGUGAUGACACGACCUCAAGUGAACUGCCUACAUAUGAAACCAUAAAAGAUAGCAAAGAAUUCACACACCUUACUGGGUCGAAUUCUUCUAGAGAAGAUGAAAAUCAUAUGGAAAUUGUAGAUUUAGAUGAUGUAAUUGAAUUAUCGGCAAAUAGACCAAAAGAGCAUGACAAAGUAACUGAAUUACCAACAGAUAAAUUUGUAGAGGAAAGUACAGAAUUCGAUCGUAAGAUAUUACAAAAUUCGUCGCAUCAAACUGAAGUUUCUAUGGAAAUCAUAGAUCUAGAUGAAGAAAUCGAAAUAUCAACAAAUAAAUCUUCAAGUCCAUACGAAAUAACUGAAUCAAUUAAUAGAUCUUUAGAGGAAAAUGAAGAUUUCUCAUAUACAAUUGUAACGAGCUCUUUACAACAAAUUGAAAGUAAUAAUAGAAUUUCGAAUAUAAACGAGGCCACCUGUAUUGAGAAUAAUACACAGCUCCCAAAAAUUGAAUGUAAUGAAUCUGAAAUAACAUUUCAAAAUUCUGUUGUCAAUAUUAAUUCUACAGAAACAACAGAAAAAGAUAUAAAUUUGCCAGAUAGUCAAUGCUCUAAUUCUGGUCUUCUUUUAUCUUCUGAUAAUGAAGAUAUUUCACCUAAUAAAUUCCUUGAUGAAGAAGUAUCUUCUGAGAUUACCAAUAAAGUGAAAUAUAAAGAAAUAUGUCCUAGAGAAUUAACGAUAAAUCUCUACCAAUGUACUUUAUCUGAUUUCAAUCAUUUUUUUAUUGAAGGAAAGAGCGCAAAAAAGAAAUGUGCUCUUAAAAUUAAAGAAAAAAUACCUUUUGAAGAAAAUACCAUAGCUCAAUCAAAUAUAGUCCAGUCCACAGAAGUUGAUAUUGAUAUCUAUGGGAAACAGAAAUCUGCUAAUCAAAAUCUUCAAGGUGGAGAUAAUUAUAAUACUUCAAACUAUCCAGAAAAUUUAACAGUUGACCUUAAUAUUGGUGAUAACAAUAUAAAUGGGAACUGUAAAACAAAAGUAAAAAAUAAAAGAAGAAAUUCUUUGCGAACUAUCACUGAUUCUGAAGAGAAAUUGGAGUCACAAAAAGAUACAGAUAAUAAUAUCUCUGACAAAUUCCAGGAAUCAAUAACCAAUGAUCCAGAUUCAUGCCAUAUUGAAGAAAUUUCUUCGACCAAACCACAGCCUUCACGAAUAUAUUCAUUACAAUCAUAUCAGGAGUUUGUAGAAAGCCAUAUUUUAGAAAACAGUGGAGAAAUGGAAUUUGAAAUUGAAAAUCACAACACACUCGUUAAUCCAGAAAAUCAGAAAGAAUUUUUAGAACUUAUCGAUAAUCAGCAAGAUACCAUUGUACAGAUAGCACGGAAUGUAGAAAUGAAAAGAGAUUUUAAGGAAAUUGACAAUAUUGAUGAGAAUAAACAAAAUGUAACAAUUAUUCCAGAAGAUAAUAUUAUAUACAAUAAGAACCAGAUUCAUCCAGAAACAUUGGAUAUUAAUACAAUAAAUAUUCAAGAAGAUCUUCAAAUGGAUGAUAAUGCUAAAAUACAAAAGAUAAAUACUGAGGAAAUUGAUAAUAUCUCUUAUACAAAAGAUUUAAAUGUGUCUAGUGAAGAAGGAAAUAAGUCAAUAUCAAAUAAAGGAAUGGAAAUAGUACAUGAGCUUACAGAAUUUGAAAAUAAAAGAACCAAAAAUGAAAAAUUUAUUAAAAGAACUGUUAAUAAUGAGCAAUUGAAUAUAGAAGUUAUAUCUCCUGUAAACGAACAACAAAUAAUUAACUUAGAAGUUGAAAAUUUUAAAGAAACUCUUAGAGAAGAAGAAUUGGUACAAGUUGAAGAUCUUGGAGUUACAGUUGAUAACCAAACAGAAAAUGAAAAAACUAUAAUUAAUACCAAUCCGGAAGUUGAAAGGGGUAAAGCUACACACAAAAAAGAAAAUGAAUAUGAAGAAGUUUCAACUAAUACAACUAUUGGAAUAAUAGGAACUAUAAAAAGGCUUACAGAAGCUGUUGAAUGUCUCGUUGAAAAUAUUACAACUGGUAUCGAAAUAGAGAAUGAAAAAACUAUUGUUAAUAACAGUAAGGAAGUUGAAGAUAAAGGAGUUACAUUCGAAAAUGUAAAGGAAUGUGAAGACGUUUCUAUUGUAGAAACUAAUGAGCAAAUUGGAAAUGAAGCUGCAAGUUAUAAAGAAAUUCCUGAAAGUUUCCAUAUGGACGAUGUCGAAGUAUCUCAAACUGUAGAUAUUGAGUGUAAAGAAAUUACAACUGUUAACCAAAGAGAAAAUGAAAUUAUUAAUAUCAACGGGGAAAUUGAUAAAGAAGUGACUACGUUUGAAAAAGAAAAGGAUAAUGAAGAAGUUUCAUCUAAUGGAAAAAUAGAAACUGUUAUAGGAAGUGAUACAGAAUUUCCAGAUAGUUUUUCAAUUGAAAAUGAAGAUAAAUCUCAAAUGGUAGAUAUUGUUGCUUCUAAAAAAGAACACUUCAAUGAAAAUAUAUUCAGUAUAAAUAAAAGUAAUGAAAAUAAAGAACAAAUUAUCAAUACUAAGGUAGAAGUUUUUCUUCAAGGCAAUUGCACUAAAGAGGAAGAUAUAGCCUGCAUGGAAGAAACUGAUAAAAAUGAUACUAUAACGAUAAUCACAAAAGAUAAUGAAAAAAUUUCUCCAAAUGAGGAUUAUAAAGCUAUGGAUCAAGAAGAAACAUUUUUAUCACCAAAUGAAACUAUACAAACAGUGCUUUCUAUGACUGAAACUAAAAUUGACACAAAAUUUACCAACAAUGACGAAGAACUAUCUCGAGAAGUACAUGCGGAAAAAGUAUCAGAAAUAGAAGAAGAAGAAAUAAAUAUUGAACUUUGUAAAGAAAAUGAAAAUUUUAAAAUAUCAGCUGAAGUUUAUUCUCAAGACGAAUUAGAAAUUGAAAAAAUGAAAAAUGCAUCCUUUGAUAAAAAAAGUAAUUUUAGAGAAGAAAGAGAAUCUUCAGUGAUGGAAAUACCAGAAAAAUUGCAAAAUACUUUGGUCAGUCAAAAAGAACUCGAAACUAUUGAGGACGCAGAACGUCACAUUGAAGAAAAAAUAGUAAUUAAAAGUUUUGUUAACAAAGAAGAAAUUGAAAUUUUACCCAAAGUUGGACUUGAAUAUGAACAUAAGAGGGAAGUAGAAAAAGAAUCUUCAGUAACAGAAAUACAAGAACAGUUGCAAGAAACUAUGAUCAAUGAAAAAAUACUCCAAGGCGAAGAAGUUGAAGUUUCAAGUGAAAUCGAGAGAGUAAAUAUUUCAAACGCUGAAGAAAUAAUAGAAAUUGUUACCAAAGAAAAUGAUGAAGUUUUACCCAAAGUUAGAGUUGAAGAUGAACUAAAGAGGGAAGAAGAACAAGAAUCCCUGGUAAUAGAAGUACGAGCACAAUCAGGAAUAAAAAUGUCCAUUGAAAAAGUUUUUCAAAUUGAACAUGAUAAACUUUCAAUUCAAGCUAGAUCCUCAGAUAUUUUGAACACUGAAGAAAUAAAAGAUGCAGACCAACAAAAAAAUUUUGGCAAUACACAAGUAGAUACUUCAACAAUACUAAAAUCAGAUAAUGAGAAAGAUGAUAUAUAUGAUCAUUUUAUAACAGAAAAAACUUUAGAUAAUUCACAAACUCAAGAUAGUGAAAUUGGAAAAAAUUCAAUUGAAGAUGAUACAUAUGAAAAAGAUUUUUCUGAAAUGUGUUCUAUUGAAAAUGAAUAUGUGGCUAUAGUUGAUAAAAAAAUAACUGUUUCUGAUGGAGAGGAUACAUCUAUAAUAGAAAAAGUACCAUGUGAUAAGGAGCAGAAAGAAAAUAAUGGAACUAUUGACUGUGGUCAAGGUAUGCACGAAACUACUUGUAAUAAAGAAAUUACUCAAAAUGAAGAAAAAACACCACCAGAGGAAAUUAAUCUUAACAUUAAAACACAGGAAGAAUUAUCACUUGACCACAAAACAUUGGGAGAAGGCAUUGAAAAUGGUGGAACUGUAUUCAUUGCAGUUGAAAAUGUUAAUAAACUAAAUGAAACUUCUUGUAGCAGUAAUGACUUGGUAAUACAUAUCAAAGAAAUUUCUAUUGCUAGAGAAAUUGAAAAUAAUCAAUCUACCAUUGACAAGGAACAAAAAGUUCCUGAAAACGAAAAUUCAUUGAAAAACUAUGGUGUUGUAGAGCCUGUUGUGCAAACAGCAGAUCGUGUAGAGGGUAUAUCUCAAUGCACCACUAAAUCCGUAGAAACUAAUCACGAAUAUUCAUUGUAUAAAUCUCCUUUCAUUAAUGAAGUGAUUGUAGAAGCACCACCUAUAGAAGAAGAGAUCUUCAUUGAUAUAGCCAAAGAUUCUACUGAAAAUAAAAUUUCUACACUCAAAAACAUUGGAAAAACAGAAAAAUCUGAUUAUCCAGAUAGGAAGGAAAUAAUACAGGAAGAGACUAAAACAAAUCUGUUGGAACCUGGAAUAAUUAGCAGCAUAAUAAUUAAUAAGGGAAUCCUUUUAAGUGAAUUGGACAAAAAAGAAUCUGCUAGUUUAAAUGAAAGUUUUUCAUUAAGUAAUUUUAAAGGUGAAAAUAAAGAAAUUGGUGGAGAUGUCUCUAAGAAAAUAUUUGAUAAAUCCGAUUUGUCGCAUUCAGAUUGGAAUAUGUACAAAGACAAAAAUUUGAAUGAAGAACAUUUCGUAGAUCUGCAUCGUUUAGCCACAGUAGCAGUCGAAAUAAAACAGAAAUCCGAAACUCCCAAAAGUAGAAAAAAAUUCAAAGGAGAUGCCAAAAAUGCAAAGACAAAAACUGAAUCGACCCCUAAAAAAAAUAAGAGUGUUAAGGGUAGAUUAAAGAAACUGGAUUUAAUGGAAACAGCGGACAAAGUUGAUGAUGAAAAACGAAUAACACGGAGCGCUUAUAGAAAAAAUAUAUAUGAAAAUGUUAUGAAACCACAAGAAUUUAAAAAUACACUCUCCAUUAAUAAUGUAAAAAUCCAUCAAUUGCCCGACUCUCUAACUAAUAAAGAUAUCACGGAUAGCGACAGUAACGACAGUGAAUUCAACAAAUUAUUUAUUGACGAUAAAAAAGUGGAAGACAGCGAAGAUAAAAUUUAUAAUGAAGAUACAGAUGAAGAAAACCAUGAAUUUAAUUAUAAACCCCGACUUCUUUGCAAAGAUAAUAAGGGGAUUAUUAAAAGAAACGUUAGAAAUAAAAAACCCAAAACAAAAGCGCAGAUUAAAUCUUAUGAUAACAAUUUGAAUCCUUACGUCAGUAUUAUGAGAUUGGAAGAAAAGAAUAAACAAAAAGAUGCAGGUGUCGAUAAAGAUUCUAAUUCUCCUGGUAACGAAUACUCUAAUGUAGAAGAUGAAAUUAAACAAGAAAUCUUGAAAAAAAGUACAUUGCAUGAUGAUGAUGUAAAUUAUCCCAUUUAUAUACCGCCCAAAUUGCGAUAUAAACUGUCUUGUAAAAACACAGUCAAAUUUACCGCAGAAAAAUUAGAACAACGAUUAAAAAAUGAAGGAUCAGAUUUAAAGGAAAUUCAGAAAAUUGAACAAAAUGUUGUUGGUGAGUUGGUUAACGAACACGUGGAGAACACUGUAAAAGACUUUGGAAAAAUAGACAAAAUAACUGAUGAAAUACCUGUAUGUAAAAAAAUAAAAAUUUUAUCAAAUGUUAUAAUUUCACCAAGAAGAGACACACCCAAUAACAUAAAAAUAUUUGAGGAACAAGCUUCUCCAGAUAUAAAUAAAUCCAUUAGAGAUGCAAGUUCAACUAUUAAAAAUGAAGGUGGAUGCAAAGAAAUUUUCAAUAACAUCGAAGAUGAUAUUGGAAAUACGUCAAAUGAUGUAACUAUGCUUGAAGGUAAAAUCUUAGAAACUGCAAAGCAAACAAGCAAAGACACUAUUAAAAAGAAAAAUAAAGAAAUGAUCCAACUCGAUGAUAGAAUUAAAGACACUCCAAAGAAACAUAGAGGAAUCAAAAAGGAUACUAAAGAUGUACCAUGUACCGAAGAAAACGAUUCUCUGAAAAAACAGAAUAUCAAAAGGAGAAUUAAAUUUGAAGAAGAAAACAUAAAUAUAAAAAAAGUUAAAACCAAUCUUCAUAAAAAGGAAUUUAAUAAAGAGAUCAACAAGAAAGUAGAAUUAACUCCAAUAGACAGAAUUCUACGAAAAAGGACCACUAGAGCUGCUAGUACAAAUAAUAGAGUAGAUUCAACAAUUACUGAAGAUUCACAGGAAAACACAUCUUUGAACAAUAUAGUGAGCAAAGAAACGGAUACACAUAUAAAAUCAAAGAAAGAUACGGAUCUUAUUGAAGUUAAAAAUAAAGAAAUUAUAAGUAAAAGCGCUCCUGAAUCAACAUCAAACACAAAAGAAAAUAAAGACAAAGCGGAAAUCGAUGCACCUCUUCCCUUUUUGUUUGAUCGGAAAGAAAUAGAUGACAUUGUACAAAAAUAUAUCAAAAAUAGAAAUAGCAGAUCUACUCGUAGAAAUAGUUACCCCGAAACGGAUCUUGACAAAAAAUUAAGAAAACCCGUGAUGGAUUCUACCAUAAAAACAUUGAGAACCUCUAAAAACUCUAUUUCAAAAUCAUAUAUUGGAGAAUCAGAAAUAUCAACUGGAUCGACUAUGACAAAAUCGAGGUCUAAAUCUAUAUCAAUAGCUGAAUGUCUAAAAUUGGUAACUGAAAGUGAUUUCGAGAAGAAAACUGAUGAAACAAAAGUCAAAAUACGUAAAAGUGGUUCUAGUUCUAAAUUGAAAGUUAAUACAAUUGAAAACAAACGAAUUUUAAGAACGAAAAUAAGUAGUAGGGAAUUGGAAUUACCUCCAAAAGUAAACAAAGCAUCUAAAGUGAAGAAAUCGUUUAGAAAGGGAAUAUCUAAAAUUAAUUAUGCAGAAAUUGUAGAAAAAAAUGAAUAUAAAAAUACGAACAUUACAAUUUCCACCAUAAUUCCUAAAGAAAUCUACCACAACGUGACAACUAAUAUUGUUCAAAAUAUUAAAAAUCAAAACGAGAACAACUGCUAUGAAGAAAAACAACAAAAGUCCAUUAAUAUCGAAAAAGAUUUUAAUUAUGAACAUAUAACUGAAAAAUUGAAUGAAACAAGUAUUCAUAUUAUAGAAGAAAGUGAAGAUAAAAAAUCCAAUAUCACAAACACUUCAGAAGAAAUUGACCAAACAGAGGUUCCUUGUAGUGUAGAAGAUUCUUUAAUAAAUGAAAUCGUAGAGAAAUGUAAACCAAGUACUCAUGUUGUGGAAGAAAGUAUAGUAAAAGAGAAGAUAUUCACAAAUAAUGACCAUCUUUCUGAAGAUUUAGAUAUUGAAAUAACUACUAGAAAAAUUAAUAUUUCAAGUACAGAUAUUACAGUAAAAAAUAUAGAUAAAAUCGAAAAUAUCAUGAAAAGUGACAAUAUUUCUGAAGAGUCCACUAAUGUUGCUCCGGAAUGUUUGAAAAUCGAAACUGUAACCCAAUCGUCAAAUCAGACCUCUAUAGAAAAUUUGCAGAAAAGUGGAGAUCAUAAAACGGAUCUCAGCUUAAUUCCUGGAGAAGUUAAACACAGCGACUAUUGUUAUAAUGAAAACAAAGAACAUUUACAAAAUGUUCCACCCAAAGAAUCUACCGUUAUAGAUAUACCAAUUGAUACUGACAUGAUGGAUGAACAAGUAUGUCAAGAAACAAAAGUAGAAAAUGAAGAAGCAUCUGAUGCUCAACAAAAUUUACAAAAAGAAUUUGGAAAAGAACUACUUAAUGAUGAUCAGGAUAUUUAUAGCACCAAUAAAUCAACUGAUGAUGUACCCAAAUCUGUAACAGAAGAAGCCAUCAAAUUUUGUGCAGAAACCAAUAAUAUUGAAUCAACAGUUGUACCUUUGAAACGAACAGACGAGAUUAAACAGAUGGAUAUUAAAGACAAUAACUUGAUUGAAAAAACAAAAAAUUUAUUAACGGAAAUGGAAAAUAUACCUAUCAAGAAAUUCUAUGGUUCAAUCUCUCAAAAUAACUUGAAGAAACACGAUAUGGUCGAAGAAGAAAUUAAUAAAUCACGUGGAGAACUGUGUGAUAUGAAAUACAGUAAAAAAGAGGAAAUUAAGAAAGCUGGAAAUAAAGUAAAAAGGAAAAGUUUGAGACUUAGAAAUAAGAAGAAGUCCUUAUUAGAUGUCUCAAAAAAGGAGUCGAACUUAUUUACAUUUUAUAAAACUAAAAAUGGUACACAAUUACCUUUUAGUCUUCAAAAUAAAAAUAAUGAAAAGACUGUAACAGUUGAUAAUGAUGAGUCAAUUGAUGCUCUACCAUUUUCACAAGAAAAACAGAGCAAAACAAAUAUUAUUGAUCGAGAAGAUGGAAAUAAAGAAAUUGAGAAAAAAGCAAUAGCACAAUCGCAUAAAUCUGAAGAUGCAUGUCAAGAGAGUAAUAUAGGUUCUGGAAUUGGAAAUGAGAUUGUAGAGUUGCAUAAAUAUGGUAUCAUAGAUAAAGAUUUUAAUACUAUAGAUAAAGAUGAUGAGGAUUCUGGAAUUGAGAAUAGAAAAACGGCUUUGGAAAUUACAGAGCUGCAUAAAUUUGGUGCUACACAAGAAGAGAGCGAAAUAAAUUCUGAAAUUGGAAAUGAAAAAACAGCUAUGGAUUCUACAGUGAUGCCUAGUUCUAAAAUUAUACAUCAAGAUUGUAACAUAAAUACUAUUAUAGACCAAGAAAGUGCCAAUUCUGGAAUCGGUGACGAAGAAACCGUUCUUGAAACUGGAGUUGUAAAUGAAGAAAAGGUUCUUGGUACCGCAAUGUCUCCUAAACCCGAUAAGGUACAUCAAGAUGGUAAAAUAAAUAAAAUAGAGCAAGAAGGUACCAAUUCUGAAAUUGAAAAAGAAGAAAUGGUUCUUGGGAGUGCAGAAUACCUUAAAUCUGACGUUAUACAUCAUGAGAGUGAUAUACAUUCUGGAAUUGCAUAUGAAGAAACGGUUCUUGAGAAUAUAAAGUCCCCUAGAUCUGAAAUUAUAUAUCAAGAUUGUAAUACAAUGACUAUAGAUCGCGAAAAUCCCAAUUCUAGAUUUAAAGAUGAAGAAUUGGGUCUUGAGAAAACAGAUGCUCAAAAAUCUGCUGUUACACAUCAAGAUAUAAACAUUGGAAAUGAAGAAAUGGUUCUUGAUACUAUAAUAACGCCUAGAACUGAAAAAAUACAACAAGAUUGUAAUAUAAAUACUAUUAUUAAUCAAGAAGGUACCAAUUCUGGAAUUGAUGACAAAGAAAUGGUUCUCGAGACUCUAGAUAGAGUUCUUGAUACUACAAUCUCGUCUGGAUCCGAGAAGAUUCUUCAAGAUUGUAAUAUAAAUAAAGUAGAUCAAGAAGGUUCCAAUUCUGGAAUUUAUGGUAAAGAAAUGGUUUUUGAAACUAUAGAGUUACAUAAAUCUGAUGUUACACAUGAAGAGACUAAUAUGAAUUCUGGGAUUAUUAAUGAAGAAAAGGUCCUUGAUACUAUAAUGGCGUCUACAUCAGAGAAGAUACUUCAAAAUUAUAAUAUAAAUACAGUAGAUCAAGAAGGUUCCAAUUCUGGAAUUGAUGACAAAGAAAUGGUUCUCGAAACUAUACAGUCACAUAAAUCUGAUGUUACACAUGAAGAGACUAAUAUGAAUUCUGGGAUUAUUAAUGAAGAAAAGGUCCUUGAUACUAUAAUGGCGUCUACAUCAGAGAAGAUACUUCAAAAUUAUAAUAUAAAUACAGUAGAUCAAGAAGGUUCCAAUUCUGGAAUUGAUGACAAAGAAAUGGUUCUCGAAACUAUACAGUCACAUAAAUCUGAUGUUACACAUGAAGAGACUAAUAUGAAUUCUGGGAUUAUUAAUGAAGAAAAGGUCCUUGAUACUAUAAUGUCGUCUACAUCAGAGAAGAUACUUCAAAACUAUAAUAUAAAUACAGUAGAUCAAGAAGGUUCCAAUUCUGGAAUUGAUGACAAAGAAAUGGUUUUUGAAACUAUAGAGUUACAUAAAUCUGAUGUUACACAUGAAGAGACUAAUAUAAAUUCUGGGAUCGUUAAUGAAGAAAUGGUUCUUGAUACUACAAUGUCGUCUACAUCAGAGAAGAUGAUUCAAGAUUAUAAUAUAAAUAAAGUAGAUCAAGUAGGUUCCAAUUCUGGAAUUGAUGAUAAAACAAUGUUUCUCCAAACUAUAGAGUCACAUAAAUCUGAUGUUUCACAUGUAGAGAGUAAUAAAAAUUCUGGAACUGGAUAUGAAGAAAUGACUCUUGAGUCCCUUAGAUCCGAAAUUAUACAUCAAGAUUACAAUACAAAUAUUAUACAGCAAGAAGAUAUCAAUUCUAGACUUGUUAAUACAAAUACUACAGAUGCCAUUUCUGAACUUAAGAAUAAAGAAAUUAUUGUUGAUUCAUUAAUGUCACAGAAAUUUGCAAACACCCAUGAAGAGUGUAAUAUAAAGACCGUAAAUCAAGAGAGUGUCAAUUUUGUAUUUGAAAAUAAAGAAAUAGUUACUGAGAGUAUAGAGUUACAAAAAUAUGAAGUGGGACAUCAAGACUGUAUUGUUAAUGCUGAAGACCAAGAAGAUGAUGGCAGUUCGGAUAUUGAAAAUGAAAUUUUUCCUCGGGGUGUAGAAUUAGAAAAAUCUGAAAGUACAUAUCAAGAGUCGAACAUUACUGAUACCAGCAAUGUAAUUGCAGAAGUGAUUAUAGAAUCAAGUAAAUUGGAAAAUGAAAACCAAGUAUUACAUACCAUCAACGAAAAUCUUUCAAUCAGAGAAGAAACAAUUGAGGAAUUAUAUGUUCAUGCAACAGAAAAUCUUGAAACAACAGAAACAGUCGAUACAUCGAAAGUAUUACUUCCAGUUUCAUCAAAUGAAUUUGAAUCAAAAGAAAAUUAUUCAGAAUCAUUGACAGAUACAAGUAUAGAAACAUCCAAAUGCAAUAAUGAGAUUAUAAUUAAAGAAAGGGAAGAAUAUACAAUUGUCAAUAAUGAGGAAUUACGAGAUAUACUAAUAUCGGGAGUUACAGUUUCAGAAAACUACCAAAGUGAAGAGAACAAAAUUGACGAUAUAAAAUUAAAAACAAUAAAUGCAGAAGUAUUGAAAGAUACAGUUAUACCUUGUCCAAAAGAAGAAAACUUUUCUGAAAAUGAUCAGGGUCACUCGAUUCGAGAAAAAAAUAACGAUUCAUCUUUAGCAAUAGGUCCAUUUCCACAAGAUGCUAAUACUAACAAUAAAAAGGAAUUAGAACAUGUAAAUGUUGAUUUGGAAGAAAUAAAAUAUACAUCUGUGAUGGCACAUCAGAAAGGUGAUCAAAGCAAAGAAGAUGAAACUAAAAACGUACAAGCAACUUCACCAAUAUUUAUAGAUACAAACUUUACAAUGGAUCAAAAUCAAGAAAACGCAAUCAUCAAUAAAGAAAUAAUUGAUAAAGAAAAUUCUGUGAACCAAAUGGAGCUCGAAGAAUGUGAUAACAUUGUGGAGAUCCAGAGUGCGAAGGGAGUUACAGAACAAACGUCAAUUGUAUUAGAGAACAAAGGAAUAGGUGAUAAAGCAGAACUUGAAGUGCCAGCGACAAGUCUCGAAUACAGUUUAUCACAGGAAGUUAUAAACUACAAUGAUGAACUAUUAAAAAAGAUAACUAUCAACAAAUUUGAUUUAACAGAUUAUUAUAAAAAUUCAGUUACUUCUCAAAAUAAUAAAGUUCAAGAGGGAUCAUAUAUAACAACCCCUACUACCACUAUAGCAUCAUUGAAUUCUGAAUUAAAAAUUCAUGAAAACGACAAGGUGAAAGCAGAAAUCUUCAAAGAUAACAACGAGUAUUUUUGCAGUACAGAUAAAAAUAUUGGGUUCGAAGGAACUUGUAGAAAGUUGCACAACAACAAUAGUUCAGUUCUUGAAACGCCAGAUUUGGAAAGAAUUCUUGUACCAUUUUUAAAUAAUCAAGAUUUUUCUCCUGCUGAGUUUAAAAACAGCAUUGAUGAUCCUAGCGUGAAACAAAAAAUUCGCACAGUUGUCGUCGAUGAAAAUCUCCACAAACCCGGAACUUCAAGACAGGACACCUUAGUUCAUGAUGAAUCCAAAGAAGUACAUCCUGCAGAAUUGGAAAAGAUUCAGAAUGAGCCACAACAAAAUUUACAAAAUCCAGCUAUGAUAGAAGAAAUUAUGGAGCAUCGCUUACCUUUCGAAAACCAAUUCUACUUACCUCCUGCAAAUCAACUUUCUGGCAGUUCCCAAAUGAAAAUAUCAGACGGCACUAAUGACCACAAUUAUUAUUCAAAUUAUACAAGUGAUCCAGUGAUGAGUAUCGCUGAGGACGGAGGGGAAAUGUCGUUAACAGCGAAAGAAUUUACGAAUGUUAUUCUGAAUUUCGGUAAUGAAAAUGAAUUCUUAGAUUUCACUUCAUCUCUUAUGGAUUUGGAUCUUGCGGAUGAAAAUGCAUCAAGACGAGAAUCAGAACCGUUUCAAUCGUGGGAUAAUGAACCGAAAGUGAUUGUUGAAUACAACAAUCAAUCUAAUGAUACGCCAAUAGUUAUAAGAGGAUAUAUUAAUGAUUGUACAGGUUCCGAACCUUGGGGUCAACAAAACAGUGGAAAAAACCAACAAUCAUUUCACGAUGAAUUAUUUAAUCAGCAGGGUGGUCAUGCUAAUCCUAUUUUGGCGGAAGAAAUUACAAUCUCAGCUUCAGAAUCUUUAGACGCGAAUAUUAAAAUGCCUGAUGCAAAUUUGAAAUUUUACGACAUGUUAAAUAUAACACCAGAAACUGUUUCUAUCGAUAAAAAAGAACAAUAUCAGGUUCAAAUGGACAACACCAGUGAAACACCUCUUUGUCUCGCUGAAAAAUCGAGUUCUGAUAAUGGAAAUUCACGUUCAAGUGAAGGUACUGGCAAAUCGAAAAAAGUAGUACAACAAUUGGCUUUAUACAAAAAAAUGAAAGAGAAACAAUCUACUCAAAGUCAUAUGAAACGAAACAACGUCGAAAUUCCGAGUAGAAAAUGUAAUAGGACAUGUCCUAGAAAGUGGACGAAAAUGUCUUCUUCCCCUCCGACGAAAGCGAAUGAAGUACUGAAAUCGAAUGAAUCAGAAAAACUUUCAGAAGAUUAUCAAAACAAACAAGUAAUCAACACCAUUCCUACAAUUGGUGUUCCUUUAUCAAAGCCUUUUGACUUGAAAGAAGUUGAAUCGCCCUCUACAAUUCUAACAAAUGGUACAAUCAGCAAAUAUCCAAUUGAGAAAGAUAAAGUGACUAAACCAACUAACUCUGUUGCCAAUAAAACUAAACAUGAAACAUCUAAACCCAUCAUAUUAUCGGAUCACAGAGAAAAGGAUAAACAUGAAUCAAAAAAUCUUGUCACAGCACAUAAAGAUGAGGACAUAAAAAGCGAUAUUUCAAAACAUUCUCCUAAAUUAUCCAAAGUAGAUUUAGUUUGUAUAAACAAAACUUCAUUAGAAAGAGAUAUUUCUACAAAGACCAAAAAUAUCCAUGGCUCAAAAAUUGAUCAUGCAAAUAAACGUAAUCAUCUUAAAAAGCUACAGAUGUCCAUUAUCCAACCAGAUACUAUAACGCCGUCUAAAACUACACAAGAUACUAAAUCCAGUUCAAAAGCUCUACCAGAAACUACCGCGCCCUCAAAACACACCCAAGCAACUAAAUCGUCGUAUAAAGCUAUACAAGAAACUAAAGCACCAUCUAAGGAAUCGAUAAAAUCCGUAACUUAUCCGAUUAUACCAAAAACUACAGUUCACCGUUCUCAAGACAAACCAACAACAACAAUUGCUAAACAUGAUCCGUAUCUUCAAAACGCCGAAACCUCCUUAAAGGAUAAGAAUCACGGGACAACCUCAACAGUUCAGUUACAUAGAACUCAAGAACGUUUACGAGAAAGUGUCUCAAAAAAAUCAUACGAAAGAUCUUCCGAUCAAUCGUAUAAUAGAGUUUCUUCAGUUAGCCCCAACAGCUCGGGACGUUCUUCUCGAGAUAGGUCUUCUAGAGGCGGAUCAGAAACUUCUUCAUUUGGUUACGACGAUAACGAGGUGACAUUCAAUAUAUAUGACGCAGUCAAACAGAGAAAAAGGGCAGUUACUAAAAGAGAUUCGUCAGUAGAAAACAAAUCUCGUUGCGAUUAUAAAACCAGAAGAAAUAAAAGAAAAAAAAGUCCCGAUGGUUAUCAAGCAUUGAAAAAGUCUAAAACCCCGAGCAGUGCCGAAGACAAUGAAAUCCAGGAAAGAAUUCCUACUACUGAUCUUAAAGAAAUGAGAGUAACUUCUAGUACACAGUACACAGCGCACCCUACAGCAUCAGGGAACCAAAAUAAUUUCAGCAGCAGUUACCCCGUUAACAGAACAUCAAGAGACAAUAAUCGGGAUAGGGACAAAAGGAACGCUGUGGAGUCCAGUAGUAAAUCGAAGAGUCAAAAGACAUAUAGGAGUACUGAAGAUGUUUUUGACCGUUUACUUAGUCAGGGAAAUACGAAUCCUUUCUUCAAUAAUCCUCAUCAAGCAACUUCAAGUAACUCCAAGUCGGACCGCCCCGAUCAAUAUUCAUACAAACGAUGUAUCGAUCGAUCGGUUAAUGACUCGAAUUACAGCAAUAAACGAAGACUAGAAGAUCAAAGUAGCAUUAGAAAAAAUGAUAGAGGUGUAAGGCCAGAAUCUUCACAAAGAAAUCCUAAUUAUCGAUCCAAUAUGGAAUCUAAUCGAUCGCAGUUAGGACAACGGCCAUCUACCGAUUAUUAUCACAAGUAUACGCCUACAUAUCCCUCUAGGGAUAGAGAAGACAUUUAUUCUCCCAGGAAAUCCAGCAGUAGUAGACAAUCGCAGCAGCUAUCCAGUUAUGGAUCAAGCAAUUCCAACGUUUCGAAUUUGUAUCGUCGGAAUGAGUCACAUCAAAAAACACCUAAUACUUCACUUUAUACCGCUAAAUGCAAUCAACUCUCCGAUGAAAAGAAGAAUGAAUUGUUGGAAGAUCUCAGAAACGUGGUACAAAUGCAGUUGAAUAAAAGCAGCAAAAGUAACAAUUCUGAAGCUGAUUGGUACCAGGGAAUUGAACCGCUUCUUUCUGAAAACCUCCAUGGGUUCAACAAGAGGGAAUAGUACUGUAUGGGAGUAAAGUUGUAUAAUUUGUAUUUAUAUUAUUAUAGUUUAAGAUUAAGUACUGUAAAUAUGUUGAUAGUGUGUACAAAGAACGCCUUUAGGGCAUUUUUUGCGAAAAUUGCCGUUAGUAAUCAUGUAAUUAAUAAUUUUUUAAAAAACCGUUAACUUUUUUUUGUAAAAUUUAUAUAUAAAUCCACCAUAUAUAUAUUGUGUCGUCGUUUUAAUUACUUUAUUACUCAAGAAUAUUUAAUAUGUACCUAUUUAUUUUUCCUAGUUUUAAAGAUCAGAUUAAUAUUAAUUAGGAUAAGCUAGAUUGUAAAAACUUUUUUCGUGAUUUUAUAGACAAAUUUACAAAUUGUGUAUAUACGAUGUUGACUAUGAUUAAAAAAGCAAGUGAUA